GCUAGUGGCAGCGCAGGUGAAGCCGGAAGUGGCGGCCGGAGUCCAAGCCCGCGGUGGGGGCGGGGCGGCGCAGCCAGCUGGUCAGGUUUGGUGCUGUGCGGGUCUUGGUCAGUUCCUCCUGUCAAGCGCCAUGCUCGGCAGGUCUGGGUACAGGGCGCUGCCCUUGGGGGACUUUGACCGCUUCCAGCAGUCGAGCUUUGGCUUCCUGAGCUCGCAGAAGGGCUGCUUGUCCCCGGAACCUGGAGGCGUGGGGACGGGGGCCGAUGUGCCCCAGAGCUGGCCCUCCUGCCUGUGCCAUGGUUUCAUCAGUUUCCUGGGGUUCUUACUGUUGCUGCUUACCUUCCCCAUUUCUGGAUGGUUUGCCCUGAAGAUCGUGCCCACCUAUGAGCGGAUGAUCGUGUUCCGGCUGGGCCGGAUCCGCAACCCCCAGGGGCCUGGCAUGGUCCUGCUGCUGCCCUUCAUUGACUCCUUUCAGAGGGUUGAUCUGAGGACACGAGCCUUCAGUGUCCCUCCCUGCAAGCUGGCCUCUAAGGAUGGGGCUGUGUUGUCCGUGGGGGCCGAUGUCCAGUUCCGCAUCUGGGACCCAGUGCUUUCAGUGAUGACUGUGAAGGACUUGAACACAGCUACACGCAUGACAGCCCAGAAUGCCAUGACCAAGGCCUUGCUCAAGAGGCCACUGCGGGAGAUCCAGCUGGAGAAACUCAAGAUCAGUGACCAGCUCCUGCUGGAGAUCAACGAUGUUACCAGGGCCUGGGGGCUAGAGGUGGACCGUGUGGAGCUGGCAGUGGAAGCUGUGCUCCAGCCACCCCAGGACAGCCCAGCUGGGUCCAGCCUGGACACCCUCCAGCAGCUGGCCCUCCACUUCCUGGGAGGAGGCAUGUCCUCAAUGGCAGGAGGUGCUCUUCCCCCAGGGCCAGCAGACACCUUGGAGAUGGUGAGUGAAGUUGAGUCACCUGCCCCCAUUGUCAGUGCUGGGCCCAGCCUGAAGCAGCCUGUGGUCGAGGGGCUGCUGACUGCUCUGCAGCCCUUCCUGUCUGAGGCCCUGGUCAGCCAGGUUGGAGCCUGCUACCAGUUCAAUGUUGUUCUGCCCAGUGGCACCCGGAGCAUUUACUUCCUGGACCUCAGCUCAGGACGAGGGAGGGUGGGACAUGGGGUACCAGAUGGCAUCCCUGACGUGGUGGUGGAGAUGGCUGAGGAGGACCUGCGGGCCCUGCUGCGCAGGGAGCUGCGGCCCCUGGGGGCCUACAUGAGUGGGCGGCUGAAAGUGAAGGGUGACCUGGCUGUGGCAAUGAAGCUGGAGGCCGUCCUCAGGGCCUUGAAGUAG